UGCAGAAACACCAUGCGGCUUUUGCAACGCAACAAGACUGGUGCGGUCCGUCUGACAAGAGACCUCGACGAUGCAGGCCUUCCUGCCUACGCGAUACUUUCACAUACAUGGGGGUCGGACGCUGGGGAAGUCACCUUCGACGACCUAACAAAUGGCACUGGCAAGGACAAGCCUGGCUAUGAGAAGAUCCGGUUUUGCAGAGAACAAGCUGCCCUAGACGGACUGGAAUACUUUUGGAUUGACACAUGUUGUAUUAACAAGUCAGACAAGGCUGAACUAUCGCACGCUAUCAACUCUAUGUUCCGGUGGUACCAGAAAGCAGUCAAAUGCUACGUUUUUCUGUGGGACGUUUCAACAAGAAAGCGGAAGAUAAGCGAAGAAGAUACUAGAUCUACAUGGGAGCCAGCCUUUCGAGCUAGUAAAUGGUUCACUCGUGGCUGGACUCUCCAGGAGCUUCUUGCUCCAAGCGCAGUCGAGUUCUUCUCCCGCGAAGGCAAGCUGCUAGACAACAAAAUAUCACUGGCGCAGCAGAUCCAAGAGAUAACGGGGAUCCCCACAUCAGCAAUCGAGGGUACGCGACUAUCUCAACUUUCCGUCAACGAACGACUGUCGUGGAUACAGCACCGGCACACAACGCGUGAAGAAGACAAAACGUACUCGUUGCUAGGUAUCCUCGACGUUUACAUAGUUCCUUUCUACGGAGAAGGGACAGCAAGUGCAUUCCAUCGGCUUCGCGAGGAAGUCGACAAGCUGGGCAGGUGUAUCCAAGACGUACGCCUUUCAGAUCCACGUGACGACAAGAAGCGCAUCGUAGACACCAAGGGAGGCCUGCUGGAGGGCUCGUACCGCUGGGUCUUGGAUCAUCCCAGCUUCAAGCAAUGGCGUAGCGAUCAGCAGAGCCGAUUGCUGUGGAUCAAAGGUGAUCCUGGCAAGGGAAAGACGAUGCUACUUUGCGGUGCUACCGAUGAGCUCGCGAAAUCAAGCUCUGAUAACCUAUCCUUCUUCUUUUGUCAAGGCACUAACUCAUAUCUUAACAAUGCCACUGCUGUGCUACGCGGACUCCUCUAUUCACUUGUCAGCCAGCAGCCGUCGUUGGCGUCGCACCUGCGGAAGAGGUAUGAUCAAGCAGGCCGAUCCCUUUUCGAAGAUGCGAAUGCUUGGAUUGCCGUGUCAGAGAUGUUUACGAGUGUAAUACUCGACCCUGACCUACGAAAGACUUACCUGGUUGUCGACGCCCUUGACGAAUGCAUUGCGGAUUUGCCCAAGCUUCUAGACUUGAUCAUCCAUACCUCAUCGUCAUCGGACCGCAUCAAGUGGCUCCUGUCGAGCCGGAACGAGCUUCACAUCGAGCAAAGGCUAAAAUCGAUCGACGCCCAGGCAAGGCUCAGUUUGGAGCUGAAGCAGAACGCGGAACAGGUGGCUCGUGCUGUCGACGUGUACAUUGACGAGAAGCUGUCCCGCGUUGACUCGCUUGAAGACGCUACCCUGCGAAGUCAAGUACGAGAGGUGUUGCGGCAGAAAGCGAAUGGCACGUUUCUGUGGGUGGCCCUCGUUGUGCAAGAGCUCGAAAAACCUGAGAGCUGGGACCCGCUAGAGGUGGUAAGAGAGGCUCCAGUCGGGCUGCAUCAGCUGUACGAUCGCAUGGCAGAUCAAAUCCAGCAGCUUGCGAAGAGAAACUCGGAGAUGUGCCGGCUACUGCUUUCCGUCGUCUCAGUCGCGUACCGCCCACUUCACCUAGCUGAACUUGGCAGCUUGUGCAAACUACCAGGUCAAGGAUCGACGCUGACUAAGAACACAAGAACACUUGUGGCUAUGUGCGGCUCGUUCCUUACCAUUCGCGACGAUCAGGUCUACCUCAUCCACCAAUCAGCCAAAGACUACCUAAGCGACGAAGCACGGGCCGCAGUCUUCGGUUACAAGGGCGAGGUCCACUACAGCAUAUUCUCACAGUCACUCAAGCUAAUGUCUAGUACCCUGAAACGUGAUAUCUACGGCUUACGUGCUCCAGGGUAUCCGAUUGAUGAAGUUACAACGCCGGCCACCGACCCGCUAGCGACAGCGCGAUACUCGUGCGUUCACUGGAUCGACCACCUCUACGAGUCUACCAUCGACAAAAGCGCAGGAUGCGACCAAGAUCUACAAGAUGGUGGCGCCGUUCAUGCGUUCCUUCAAGCGAGCUAUCUAUAUUGGUUAGAGGCGCUCAGCCUUUGCAAGAGCAUGCCAAAAGGAGUGGCAUCAAUGGCGGAACUCGAGGCUACCAUACAUAAAACAGUGGGCGCUCCUGCGUUACUCGAUCUUGCGAAAGAUGCGUGUCGGUUUAUUCUAUAUCACAACAGAGCGAUAGAGGAGGCACCCCUUCAAGCAUAUGUGUCAGCUCUGGUGUUUAGCCCUAGGCUCAGUCUCACCCGGAAGUUGUUCGAGAAGGAGGCACCGUCUUGGAUCUCUAUAAAGCCGCCGACAGCAGAGAACUGGAGCGCGUGUCUGCAGACGCUCGAGGGCCACAGCCAUUGGGUCAGGUCGGUGGCCUUCUCUCACGACUCGACGCGGCUGGCGUCGGCGUCGGACGACCGCACCGUCAAGGUCUGGGACGCAGCCAGCGGCGCGUGCCUGCAGACGCUCGAGGGCCACAGCGAUUGGGUCAACUCGGUGGCCUUCUCUCACGACUCGACGCGGCUGGCGUCGGCGUCGGACGACCGCACCGUCAAGGUCUGGGACGCAGCCAGCGGCGCGUGCCUGCAGACGCUCGAGGGCCACAGCGAUUCGGUCUGGUCGGUGGCCUUCUCUCACGACUCGACGCGGCUGGCGUCGGCGUCGGACGACCGCACCGUCAAGGUCUGGGACGCAGCCAGCGGCGCGUGCCUGCAGACGCUCGAGGGCCACAGCGAUUGGGUCAGGUCGGUGGCCUUCUCUCACGACUCGACGUGGCUGGCGUCGGCGUCGCAAGACAGCACCGUCAAGGUCUGGGACGCAGCCAGCGGCGCGUGCCUGCAGACGCUCGAGGGCCACAGCGAUUCGGUCAGGUCGGUGGCCUUCUCUCACGACUCGACGCGGCUGGCGUCGGCGUCGGACGACCGCACCGUCAAGGUCUGGGACGCAGCCAGCGGCGCGUGCCUGCAGACGCUCGAGGGCCACAGCCAUUGGGUCACCUCGGUGGCCUUCUCUCACGACUCGACGUGGCUGGCGUCGGCGUCGCAAGACAGCACCGUCAAGGUCUGGGACGCAGCCAGCGGCGCGUGCCUGCAGACGCUCGAGGGCCACAGCCAUUGGGUCACCUCGGUGGCCUUCUCUCACGACUCGACGUGGCUGGCGUCGGCGUCGCAAGACAGCACCGUCAAGGUCUGGGACGCAGCCAGCGGCGCGUGCCUGCAGACGCUCGAGGGCCACAGCCAUUCGGUCACCUCGGUGGCCUUCUCUCACGACUCGACGCGGCUGGCGUCGGCGUCGGACGACCGCACCGUCAAGGUCUGGGACGCAGCCAGCGGCGCGUGCCUGCAGACGCUCGAGGGCCACAGCGAUUGGGUCAACUCGGUGGCCUUCUCUCACGACUCGACGCGGCUGGCGUCGGCGUCGGACGACCGCACCGUCAAGGUCUGGGACGCAGCCAGCGGCGCGUGCCUGCAGACGCUCGAGGGCCACAGCGAUUCGGUCUGGUCGGUGGCCUUCUCUCACGACUCGACGCGGCUGGCGUCGGCGUCGGACGACCGCACCGUCAAGGUCUGGGACGCAGCCAGCGGCGCGUGCCUGCAGACGCUCGAGGGCCACAGCGAUUGGGUCAGGUCGGUGGCCUUCUCUCACGACUCGACGCGGCUGGCGUCGGCGUCGUACGACCGCACCGUCAAGGUCUGGGACGCAGCCAGCGGCGCGUGCCUGCAGACGCUCUAUAUUGGACGUUCACUUCGUACUCUGUCGUUCAAUGCUUCCGACUCUGGCCUUCUUACGGAUAUUGGUGCUAUCACCUUUAGUCCUGCAUCAUCAUCCAAUAUCGCUACUGUCCAACAACCUGAAACCCCUCAGUACGAGGCCGCAGGACUGAGUUCCGACGGGACAUGGAUAACGUAUAAUUCGCAGAACGUAAUUUGGCUACCCUCAGAGUAUCGUCCUCAUCAAUCAGCUGUAUCAAAGGAUAUGAUUGGUAUUGGUGUAGGAUCUGGAAGGGUAUGGAUGUGCAAUGUUGAGUCCACGAGAUGGUAA